AUGAGCACUAAUGACGCUCAAAGUGAAGUCGUUAAAUUGCAGCAACAUCUCGUUCUACUUCGGGAAGAGUAUGUUAAACUUCAACAACGUCAUAAGGCCUUAGAGCGAAAUUUUAAUGUAUUGAAUUCAACAACCAAACUCGAUCAAGAUUCCUUUGUGUGUCGUUUGCUUAAAACAGUGGCCGAAUUGUUCAAUCGAGAGCUUUACAGUGAUAUUUCCAUCAAACUCGAUGGAGAGACUUUGUACGGGCACCGAUUUAUAUUAGCAGCCCGUAGUGUCAAAUGGGAUCCACAACAAUUAGGUGAUGCAUCUGAUCUUAAUCUAUCGGAUAUUCCAUAUGAUGUUGGUUAUCAGUUAAUCAAAUGGGUCUAUACGGAUGAAAUAGAUGAAAAACAAAAUGAAGAUUUUCUUCUGAAUCUAAUGAAAACAGCAAAGCGUUUUGAAUUGAGAGAAUUAAUCGACCAAUGUGAAUCUGCACUGAUAUCGAUCAUUUCUGUUCGAAACUGUUUGAAAUUUUAUAAAGUUGCCGAAGAAAUCGGUGCACAAGUUCUGCACAGUCAUUGCAGUCAGUUGAUCAGUACACAUUGGAAUGACUUUACCAGCGACGAUUUUCAACAUCUACCUGCUCCGAUGACGUACAAACUCUUCAAACAGAAAACUAAAUAUGCAUUGCAUCAAGCUAUACGCAUGAAACGUGAAGAUGUACUAUUCCUCUAUUUGAUCGAUAACGACGCUGAUUUGCAAACGCGUGUCAAUGAACUCGAUGAUCAUGGCGAAUUACCUCUCGAAUUAGCAUUGAAAACCAAGCAAGACAGUAUGGCGGAAAAUCUUGUUCGUCAUCAAGCAGAUAUAAAUCAUAUUGAUGCAGAAAAUCGAACAUUACUUCAUUUAGCCAUCAAACGAGGUGAUGAACACUCGGCAACAUUUCUUAUUAAACAUUCAUGUUUACUUGACCAUCAAACCAACGUCGGACGCGAAACUCCAUUACAUUUGCUGAGUUCGUUGAAUCCAGCGGAAUUAUUGCCUGAUGUCAUGGCUGGCAUGUGUCGCGUUGCUCACCUUAUGUUAGAAUACGGUGCUGAUACAAAGAAAAAAGACGCACAAGGAAAUAAUUGUCUCCAUCGCGCAAUACUUUCUGAUAAUCUGCGUGUUUUUCAAGAAUUACUAAAAGCACCCAAAUUAGCACUAGAUGAUAGAAACCAAGACGAUCAUGUACCUCUCUGGCUUGCACUACAACAAGCAGAACAAUUGCAUUCCAGUUUCGAUAAAGAAACGCUAGCUAGUUUACUGGUUGACCGUGGAGCGAGUGUUAAUGCAAUCAAUCCGUCGUCGAACGAAUCCUUAUUACAUAAAUGUGCCCGUCAUCAUUAUCAACAAGCUGGUCUCUAUCUAAUAAGAAAAGGUGCGAGCAUAAAUCACGCGAAUAAAAAUGGAGAAACAGCAUUGCAUUUAACUUCGCAAUUCGGUCUUGAACAAUUCACCACAGCAUUAUUGGAGAACAAAGCAAAUCCGAAUCUCCAAACACAUAAAUUGUUGUCGUUCAGUAAAGAACAGGAUUCCGUUGUCGGAUUACAGACACCUAUACAUCGCGCCGUCUAUGCAUCGCAAGAACGCAUACUUGAAAUCUAUAUACAAUUUCGAGAGAAAAUAUAUGACGAGAGUAUGAAACCGAAUUUUAAUAUACAAGAUGAGCACGGUCAGAGUGUCUUCUCGUUAACAUUGUGGAUGAAUAUGUUGACAAUAGCCAAACAACUUCUUCAAAUUUGCCAUGCACAACUAGAUAUUAAAGAUUCACAACAAACACCUCUGUUAGCUCAAGCGAUCAGUAAACAAAAUGUUCAAGCGGCAUUGUUCUUACUUGACCAAGGUGUAGAUGUCAAUGAAAAAACACAUGGCUUAACGCCAAUUCAACUCGCUGUAAAACAUCAUUUGCCAGCAGUUAUCGAAGCGCUCUGUCGCAAUGGUGCUAAUAUGAAUGUUGUGGAUGAAAACAACGACAGUGUCUUGUGGAACGCUUUGGAAUCUGGGCAAGAAGAUAUUGCAUCGAUACUUGUCAAGUAUUCUUGUGAUACGACACAAUGGUCGAAUGGACCGGACAAUUGUCGGCAAACGCUUUUACAUCGAGCUAUUGAUGAGAAUAAUGAAAAUAUCGCUUGCUUUCUGAUCAAAAGCGGUUGUGAUAUCGAUUCUCCUCGUCAAAGUGGCUUAAAUGGUGAAAUGCCUGAUAUAUGUAAAACUUUAGAAUGUCCAUUACAUCUCGCUGCUCAAUGGGGUCUCGAUCGAGUUGUUUCAACAUUGAUUGAACAUCAUGCUGAUAUCAACAAAAAAGAUGCAGAAGCCAACACUCCACUCCACAUUGCUAUCAUCAAUCAACAUACAACCAUAAUCAAUCUAUUAAUUGGUGCACCGAGUCUUGAUCUAUCUAUACGUAAUAAACAGAACCAAACACCAUUUGCUUGUUCAAUGGUAGCGAAAAAUAAUGAAGCCGCUAAUCUAAUUCUCAAACGUGAACCCCGCGCUGCCGAACAGCUCGAUAAUAAAGGUCGAAAUUUUCUUCAUGUCGCCGUACAAAAUGGUGAUAUUGAAGGCGUUCUCUUUCUACUUACUGUUCGCGUCAAUAUUAACAACCGUGUACAAGAUGCAAGUCAAUUUACACCGUUACAUCUAAGUGUACAAAUAGGCAGUGAAAUUAUUCUUCGAAAUUUAAUACUUGCCGGAGCCAAUAUCAAUGAUGUGACAGCUAACCGUCGAUCCGCUUUACACAUAGCUGCCGAAAACAAUCGUGCUGUUAUUUGUAGUAUACUUCUGGAAAAUCACAUUCAAGCCAAUCUACUUGAUGCUAAUUCAAAUACUGCAUUACAUCUGGCGAUACAGCAUGGUCAUUUGGACGUUGUACGAUGCUUGCUGGCAGAAUCCGAUAUUGAUAUAUUAACAUUGAAUGCGAAAGGAAUGAACUGUCUGCAUAUGCUGGCAGCCUUUUGUAAAGAGAAUACACAAGCAAUAUUUGAGAUCAUUUUAAAGAACCAUCCAACCUUCCCGUUGGAUAUUCAAGAUGGACAAGGAAAUACUGCUCUUAUAUUGGCAUAUAAGAAUGGUCAAGGUCAACUAUGUCGUGCUCUUGUGACAGCAGGUGCUAAUUUGAGUAUUUGUAACAGCGAAGGAAUGUCAAUAUUCACCAUACCUGCAGCAAGUCGAGCUCUACUUGUUAAUAUUCUUGAUGUGAUUACACGCGAACCACCAUGGGGUGAAAGUGAAACUUGUUUAGAGUGUGGAACAAAAUUUACAAUUACUAAUCGAAGACAUCAUUGUCGACAUUGUGGUCGAGUUUUAUGCAAACGUUGUUCAGUCAAUGAACUACCUAUCAUGAAAUUCAAUCUACAAAAACCAAUUAGAAUGACUCGUCAUCGAUUUUCAAGCGAAGAAAUCACAUUAUGUCGUCGUUCGUUGUUAGCGUGGUACGAUAAACAUAAACGAAAGUUACCAUGGAGAGAUUGGCAUGAUACAGAUAGCAAUAUCGUCGCCUAUCGAGUGCUCGUGUCGGAACUGAUGCUUCAACAAACUCAAGUUGCUACAGUUAUUCGAUACUAUGAGACCUGGAUGAAUCAAUGGCCGAAUGUCAAUUCAUUAGCAAAUGCUUCCGAAGAUGAUAUUCUCAAAUGUUGGGCUGGCCUUGGAUAUUAUAAUCGAGCUCGAAAUUUACAUAAAUGUGCUCAAUUGAUUGUCAAUGAAUACAAUGGUGAAUUUCCACAUGAUUUGGAUAUCAUGAUCAAUCGAUUGCCUGGCGUGGGUCGAUAUACAGCUGGUGCUGUAAGCUCGAUUGCAUUUAGUCUACCAAAUCCAAUUCUUGAUGGAAAUGUUAUCCGCGUUCUAUCUCGUUUACGAUGUAUUGGAAGUGAUUUGAAGAAAAAAUCUACAACUGACCAUCUUUGGUACAAAAAAAAAGCUAGCCAAUUAUUUGAAACAGCUUGCAGUAAAUAUGAUAUCCCUAGGUCAUUGGCAGCUGAUCUCGUGUGUCCGGAAAGACCCGGCGACUUAAAUCAAAGUCUCAUGGAAUUAGGUGCCACAAUAUGUACACCACAAAAACCCAAAUGUACAGAAUGUCCAAUACAAAAACAAUGUUUAGCAUAUCAACAACAAAUCCACCAAUCUUCUACUGAUAUUGAACAAUGCUCGACAAAUUGUACAUUUUGUUUAAAACCAACUGAUAUUGAUUCUAGUCGCUCACUCGUUGAACAUUAUCCACGAAAGAAAGUCAAAACUAAACAACGAGAAGAAACAUCGUUUAUUUUAGUUCUCUAUCGUCUCAAUCCUCAACUGGAAUUUCUCAUGCUGAAACAGAAACAAUCGAAUCUUCUAUCAGGCCUUUGGUCAUUCUUCGAAGUCAUUUCUCCUCCUGAUUUCGAUCAAAUGAAUGAACGAAAACGAAAAACUUUUCUCAUCGAACAAAUUCAACACAUAUCAUGCAAUAUCGAUAACAUCAAACUAGCCGGCCAAUGUCGUCAUCUCUUCUCUCACAUUGAUAAACAGUAUAUCAUCUACUACGCACUAGAUGAUCUCUCAAUUCCAACUGCACAAGCCCAAUGGUUUACGGAAGAACAAGUUCUAACAUCGGCAAUCUCAACAGCGAUGAAAAAAGUAUUCAACGUUGCCUUAACUCAGAUUAAGUUACGCGCGUUCAAUGGAAAGAAAAAUGGCACCCUUGAGAAUUAUUUUAAGAAAAAACCUCUUUAA